GCCAUGGUGUGCGCCCUGCGGGCCCGCGGUGACCCCCGCUUCCCCGUGGCCUUCGCCAUUCUGGUGGCCGGGUUUGCCAGCCGUGCCCCGGCCCACAGCCACUUCUACCGGGACCCCAUCGCCCUGCCCACGCUGCACGUCAUGGGUGACACCGACGCCGUUAUCGCGGCCUCCCUCAGUGAAGAGCUGGCCCAGCACUUCGUGGAGCCUGUUGUCCUCACCCACCCCGGCGGGCACUUCGUCCCUGCGGCUGCCCCCCAGAAGAAAGCCUACCUGGACUUCCUGGACCGCUUCCACCCCACGUAG